AUGCGACGCGGUGUCCUGAUCUUCCUCAUCGUCAACCUCCUCAUCGUCUCAUUUCUCGUGCGCAGUGUCUUCACCCUCUUAUCGCUGCUGGUCGAAGAUGCCUCGGCCGACGCCAUACGCCACGCGGAGCUUCCUUCGCCAAAUUCGAGCUUAAUUGAGCAACGGCCUCAGAUCAUCCCCAAGAUCAUUCACCAAACCUACAAGAACGAGACAAUCCCAGAAGUAUGGAGGGAGGCUCAGAAGAGCUGCAUUGACUUGCAUCCCGACUAUGAAUAUAUUCUAUGGACAAACGAAAAGUCGCGAGAGUUUAUCAAGGACGAGUAUCCUUGGUUCCUCGACACCUUCGAUGGGUACAAGUACCCAAUCCAGCGGGCCGACUCGAUCCGUUACUUUGUUUUGGCACACUAUGGUGGAACCUAUAUCGACCUGGACGAUGGCUGCAAUCGGCGAUUAGACCCCCUCCUCUCGUACCCGGCGUGGGUGCGUCGUACCGCUCCGACGGGUAUCUCGAACGACGCCAUGGGAUCCAUUCCCCAGCACCCGUUUUUCCUUCGAGUGAUUGAACUGCUGAAAUCUUACGACCGCAACUGGCUGCUUCCGUAUAUCACCGUCAUGUACUCGACUGGUCCUCUAUUCCUGUCGGUGAUCUGGAAAGAAUACAUGCAGGAUAAGCCGAGCGAGGCUGCCCGGGUUCGGAUCCUCAUGCAGGAUGAAUACAACAAGUACUCGUGGAGCUUCUUCACGCACCAUGUCGGCAACAGCUGGCACGGCAAGGACGCCCGGCUGAUUUUCUGGAUGGGCCAACAUUGGAUGUUCCUCACGGUUCUGGGCUUCAUCCUCGCUGCUGUCGUUGGAUUCUGCCUCUGGUGGCUCUACGGGCGGGUGAUCCUUCUGGGCGCAAAGUACCGCUACCGGUACUCGAAACUGCCCACGCUGGCGCGCCCGUCUACUUCCCCGACACGUCGCGCACGAAGUAUGGUGCCGGCACUCCUUCGUCGUGUCAGUUUCAAGGAGGACGAGGAGUUUGGCCAUGCUACGGAAACCUCUUACGAGCUGUACAGCCGACGCGAUUGA